AUGGCUUUCUGCACGCAGCUGAUGCUUCUGCUCUGGAAGAACUUCACUUACCGCCGGAGACAGCCGAUCCAGCUUCUCGUGGAGUUGCUGUGGCCUCUCUUUUUGUUCUUCAUCUUGGUCGCCGUGCGCCACUCCCACCCCCCCUUCGAACACCAUGAGUGCCACUUCCCCAACAAGCCGCUGCCCUCAGCGGGCAUGGUGCCCUGGCUCCAGGGCGUCUUCUGUAGCAUGAACAACACCUGCUUUGCGCAGCCGACGCCUGGAGAGGAGGCUGGGACCCUGAACAACUUCAAUGACUCCCUGGUUUCCCGGCUCCUGGCUGAAGCCCGUGUAGUCUUGGGGAGUCCCAGUGCCCACAAGGCACUAGCUGACCUGGGGAAGCUUAUACCUACUUUGAGGGCAGCAAGUAGGGCAGCUCAGCCUCAACAGAGUGGCCAUGCACAGGAGGAACCAUUACCACCAGUCCUGCUGGCUACUGAGAUGCUGGGGAGCCUGCUUCAAGGGGACUCGCUGAGGUCUGCUCUGGACCAAGCCCAGGAAGCUGUGGACAGCUUUGCAGAGUCAGUGAGAGACCUGGCCCAGGAGCUGCUGGUGCUGCCCAGCCUGGGCGAACUACGGGCACUGCUGCAGAGACCCCGAGAGACCAGCAGCCCCCUCAACGUGAUGUCAGAAGCCCUGUGUGGUUCAAGGGGACCCAGUGGGCCAGGGGUGCCCUCUCUCAACUGGUACGAGGACAGCAACCUGUGGGAGUUUGUGGAGGAGGAGCCAGCACCAAUGCUGAUGGACAGUGGCUUAAGCCCUGCCUGUGCCCAGCUAAUGGGAGCCCUGGACAUCCACCCCCUGUCCCGCCUGCUGUGGAGACGCCUAAAGCCGCUGUUCCUCGGGAAACUGCUGUUCACACCCGACACACCCUUCACACAGCAGCUCAUGGCCCAGGUGAACCGGACCUUCGAGGAGCUGGCUCUGUUCAGGGAUGUACAAGAGGUGUGGCAGGUGCUGGGACCCCAGAUUUUCAGCUUCAUGAAUGACAGUGCAAAUGUGGCCAUGUUGAAGCGGCUACUACAGAUACAGGACAGAGGGAGGGGCCAGCCAGGCCUCCAAGGCCAGAACCAGACGGAAGCCCUCCUCAACUUCCUGGACUCCAGCAGGGGUGGCUACAGCUGGCAGGAGGCACACACAGACAUGGGGCACCUGGUGGGCAUGCUGGGCCAGGUGAUGGAGUGCGUGUCACUAGACAAGCUGGAGGCUUUACCUUCCGAGGCGGCACUGGUGUCGCGGGCCCUGCAGCUGCUGUCAGAGCGCCGUUUCUGGGCCGGCAUCGUCUUCAUAGGGCCUGAGGACCCGCUGGACCAUGAGGAGCCCCCAGCCCAGGAAACUGGCCCCAGCCACCUGUUCAUCAAGAUCCGCAUGGACAUUGAUAAUGUCAUGAGCACCAAUAAAAUCAUGGACAGGUUUUGGGACCCUGGCCCGGCCGCUGACCCCCUGAUCGACCUCCGCUACGUAUGGGGGGGCUUCGUGUACCUGCAAGACCUGCUGGAGCGUGCUGCCGUUCACGUGCUCAGUGGCGCCACCCCCCAUGCAGGUCUCUACCUGCAACAGAUGCCUUAUCCCUGCUUCGUGGAUGAUGUGUUCCUGCGUGUCCUGAGCCGGUCCUUGCCGCUGUUCCUGACACUGGCCUGGAUCUACUCCGUGGCUCUGACGGUCAAGGCCGUGGUGCGGGAGAAGGAGACGCGGCUUCGGGACACGCUGCGCGCCAUGGGGCUUGGCCGGGGGGUGCUCUGGCUCGGCUGGUUCCUCAGCUGCCUCGGGCCCUUCCUUAUCAGCGCCGGGCUGCUGGUGCUGGUGCUGAAGCUCGGGGACAUCCUGCCCUACAGCCACCCGGCCAUGGUCUUCCUGUUCUUGGCGGCCUUCGCCACGGCCACUGUGGUGCAGAGCUUCUUGAUCAGCGCCUUCUUCUCACGCGCCAACCUGGCAGCCGCCUGCGGAGGCCUCGCCUACUUCGCCCUCUACCUUCCCUACGUGCUGUGCGUGGCCUGGCGGGACCAGCUGUCCAUGGGCGUGCGCGUGGCCGCGAGCCUCUUGUCGCCGGUCGCCUUUGGUUUUGGCUGCGAGAGUCUGGCGCUGCUGGAGGAGCAGGGCGAGGGCGCACAGUGGCACAACGUGGGCGCCGCGCCCACCGCCGGCGUUUUCAGCCUGGCCCAGGUCUCGGGGCUGCUGCUGCUGGACGCUGCGCUCUACGGCCUGGCCACCUGGUACCUGGAGGCGGUGUGCCCUGGCCAGUACGGGAUCCCUGAGCCGUGGAACUUCCCCUUUCGGAGGAGCUACUGGUGCGGACCUCCGGCGCCCCAGGACACCGCCCCGCUCCCAGCCGCCCAGGACCCUGAGGUGCUGAUGGAGGAGCCGCCCGCUGGCCUGCGUCCCGGGGUCUCCGUGCGUGGCCUGGAGAAGCACUUUCCCGGUAGUGCACGGCCAGCCCUGCGGGGCCUCAGCCUGGACUUCUACCAGGACCAUGUCACCGCCUUCCUGGGCCACAAUGGGGCCGGAAAGACCACCACUCUGUCCAUCCUGAGUGGCCUCUUUCCACCUAGUGGAGGGUCUGCCUUCAUCUUGGGCCACAAUGUCCAGUCCCACAUGGCCGCUAUCCGGCCGCACCUGGGCAUCUGCCCACAAUACAACGUGCUGUUCGACCUACUCACAGUGGCCGAGCAUGUGUGGUUCUAUGGGCGCCUGAAGGGGCUGAGCGCUGCUGCCGUGGGCCCUGAGCUGGACCGGCUACUGCAGGACGUGGGGCUGGUCCCCAAACGCCAGGCUCAGACGCGACACCUCUCAGGUGGGAUGAAGCGGAAGCUCUCCGUGGCCAUUGCCUUUGUGGGGGGCUCCAGUGUCGUGAUCUUAGAUGAGCCCACAGCUGGAGUGGACCCCGCGUCCCGCCGCAGCAUUUGGGAACUUGUGCUCAAAUACCGCCAAGGCCGCACGCUCAUUCUCUCCACCCACCACCUGGACGAGGCGGAGUUGCUCGGUGACCGCGUGGCCGUGGUGGCUGCUGGCCGCCUGUGCUGCUGCGGCUCCCCACUCUUCCUGCGCCGCCGCCUGGGCUCCGGCUACUACCUGACACUGGUGAAGGAGGCCCCGUCCCUGGCUGAGGGUGACGCUGGACAUGAGCGGAACGUGGAGGCCCAGCAGGAAGGAGAGCAGGGCAGAGUGACCGAUGCUGUCCGGUUGGUGGCCUUGGUGCAGCACCAGGUGCCAGGGGCACAGCUGGUGGAGCAGCUUCCGCACGAGCUGGUGCUGGCCCUGCCCUACGAGGGUGCCCGGGAUGGCAGCUUCACCAGGCUCUUCCACGAGCUGGACCAGCGCCUCGGGGAGCUUGGGCUGAGCGGUUAUGGGAUCUCGGACACCAGCCUCGAGGAGAUCUUCCUGAAGGUGUUGGGAAACAGCCGUAUGGACACAGACACAGAGGAUGGCAGCCAGAGGCAGUUUCCAGGUUCUGCUGUCCCCCAGCGGACACGGCUCACUACAGUGCCUGAAGAGCCCGUCCUGGAGAAUGGAGAACCAGCCGGCUCAGCCCUGGAGACACAAGCCUUGCGGGGCCCUGGCCUGGACACUGCAGGCCGUGUCCAGGGCUGGGGGCUGACCCGUCAGCAGCUCGGGGCUCUGCUUCUCAAGCGCUUUCUGCUGGCCCGCCGGAGCCGCCGAGGGCUGUUUGCUCAGAUCGUUCUGCCCGCGCUCUUUGUGGGCCUGGCCCUGGCAUUCAGCCUCAUCGUCCCACCUUUCGGGCACUACCCGGCUCUGCGGCUCAGUCCAGCCAUGUAUGGGCCACAGGUGUCCUUCUUCAGUGAGGAUGCUCCUGGAGACCCCAAGCAAGCCCACCUGCUCAGAGCACUGCUGGUGGAGGCAGGACUGGCAGGACCCCCUCUGCAGAACACCUCUGAGAGGUUCUUGGCACCUGAGGUGUCUGCAGACGUAGCUGAGGUCUUGGCCAGCAGCAACUGGACCCCCGAGUCUCCAUCUCCAGCUUGUCAGUGCAGCCAGCCUGGUGCCCGCCGCCUCCUCCCCAGCUGCCCCGCUGCAGCCGGGGGGCCCCCACCGCCCCAGGUGCUGACGGGCUCCGGUGAGGUGGUCCAGAACUUGACCGGCAGAAACCUGUCUGACUUCUUGGUCAAGACCUAUCCUGCCCUGAUCCGCCAGGGCCUGAAGACAAAGAAAUGGGUGAAUGAAGUCAGGUAUGGGGGCUACUCCCUGGGGGGCAGGGACCCAGCUUUGCCCUCAGGACAGGAUGUGGGCCGUUCGGUGGAAGCUCUUCGGGUACUGCUGAGCCCCUCUCCCAGUGGGGCCCUGGACCGCCUCCUCAGCAACCUGACAGCCUGGGCGCAGGGCUUAGAUGACCAGACGAGUCUCAAGGUCUGGUUCAACAACAAAGGCUGGCACGCCAUGGUGGCCUUUGUCAACCGGGCCAACAAUGCACUCCUCCGUGCCCACCUGCCCCCGGACACUGCCCUGCGUGCCCACAGCAUCACCACCCUCAAUCACCCCCUGAACCUUACCAAGGAGCAGAUGUCAGAGGUCACGCUGAUGGCCUCCUCGGUGGACGUCCUGGUCUCCAUCUGUGUGGUCUUCGCCAUGUCCUUUGUCCCAGCCAGCUUCACCCUUGUCCUCAUUGAUGAGCGUGUCACCCGAGCCAAACACCUGCAGCUCGUGGGGGGCCUGUCUCCCACCCUUUACUGGCUCGGCAACUUCCUCUGGGACAUGUGCAACUACCUGGUGCCAGCAUGCCUUGUGGUGGUCAUCUUCCUGGCCUUCCAGCAGAAGGCAUACGUGGCCCCUGCCAACCUGCCAGCCCUCCUCCUCCUGCUGCUGCUGUACGGCUGGUCAAUCACACCGCUCAUGUACCCGGCCUCCUUCUUCUUCUCCGUGCCCAGCACGGCCUACGUGGUGCUCACCUGCAUCAACCUCUUCAUCGGCAUCAAUGGCAGCAUGGCCACCUUUGUGCUUGAGCUCUUCCCAGACCAGAAGCUGCAGAACGUGAGCCAAGUCCUGAAGCGUGUCUUCCUCAUCUUCCCCCACUUCUGCCUGGGCCGAGGCCUCAUCGACAUGGUGCGGAACCAGGCCAUGGCUGAUGCCUUCCAGCGCCUGGGAGAGGGAGAGUUCCAGUCACCACUGCGCUGGGAGGUGGUUGGCAAGAACCUCUCGGCCAUGGCCCUGCAGGGCCCCCUUUUCCUCUUCCUCACCGUCCUGCUACAGCACCGCCACUACUUCAUUCCGCAGCCCCAGCUGCAGCCGCUGCCGCCUCUGGGAGAGGAGGACGAGGACGUGGCCCGGGAGCGGGAGCGAGUGGUCCAAGGGGCUACCCAGGGUGAUGUGCUCGUGCUACAGGACCUGACGAAGGUGUACCGUGGCCAGAGAUCGCCGGCUGUGGACCGUCUGUGCGUGGGCAUCCCUCCUGGUGAGUGCUUUGGGCUCCUAGGUGUGAAUGGAGCAGGAAAAACGUCCACCUUUCGCAUGGUGACCGGGGACUUACUGCCCAGCGGGGGCGAGGUGGUGCUGGGAGGACACAGCGUGACCCAGGAAACUGCAGCCGCACACCGGUGCAUGGGCUACUGCCCGCAGUCGGACGCUGUCUUUGAACUGCUGACGGGCCGAGAGCACCUGGAGCUGUUUGCGCGCUUGCGUGGAGUCUCUGAGGCCCAGGUUGCCCAGGCUGCACGUGCCGGCUUGGAGCGCCUGGGCCUCACUCGCUAUUCAGAUCAGCCUGCGGGCACCUACAGUGGUGGCAACAAGCGCAAGUUGGCGACAGCGGUGGCGCUAGUUGGGGAUCCCGCCGUCGUCUUCCUGGAUGAGCCGACCACGGGCAUGGACCCCCAUGCGCGUCGUUUCCUCUGGAACAGCCUCCUGGCCGUGGUGCGGGAGGGCCGCUCCGUGGUGCUCACCUCACACAGCAUGGAGGAAUGUGAGGCACUCUGCACGCGUCUGGCCAUCAUGACCAACGGGCGCUUCCGCUGCCUGGGCAGCGCACAGUGGCUGAAGUGCAGGUUCGGGGCUGGCCACACCCUGGUCCUGCGAGUGCCUGCGGCGCGUCCGGAGCCUGCUGAGGAAUUCGUGGCAGCCGCGUUCCCGGGGGCCGAGCUGCGGGAGGCGCACGGCGGACUCCUGCGCUUCCAGCUGCCGCCGGGUGGUCCCUGUGCCUUAUGGCGCGUCUUCGGCGAGCUGGCGGAGCAUGGAGCCAAGUAUGGGGUGGAGGACUUCUCAGUGAGCCAGACCACGCUGGAGGAGGUGUUCUUGUACUUCUCCAGAGAUCAGGGAAAAGGGGAUGUGGAGCAGGACGCUUUGCUAAAAGAGGCUGGUGUCAGCAUGGACCUCGCCCCACGACAACAGCAUCCCAAGCGCAGAAGCUGUUUUCUGGAAGCCGCAGAUCCAGUGGAGACAGUGCUCUGA